UGUUGUGGACCAAUUGAAACUCAUACUGACGUAAUGAAUAAUCACCAUCCCCACUCCUCUCAGGUUUCUGAGGUAUUAUUGCCUAGUCUUUGGAUCGUGGACACUCUCGUUUCAGAUGGUAUUCUUCUUCUGAAGUGUACGAAAUGAAGACGUUGGUUUUUGCGGUAAUUGCCGCCUUCGCUAUCAACCUUGGAGCAGCUGUUGAUCCUCAUGAACACAAUAAAGUUGUUUGUUAUUGGAAUUCAACAUCCUUUGAACGUCCUGGCCCUGGAAAAUUCCAAGUUGAAGAUUUAAGACCAGCAGCAAGCCUUUGUACUCAUUUGAUUUAUGGUUUUGCGGGUAUCAACGCUGAUAGUCAUGAAGCUAUUCCACUGAAUCCUAAUCUUGACACCGGUGCUGGAUAUGCAUUUUACAAAUUUGUUACGCAAUUAAAGAGAACAUUCCCAGAUCUUAAAGUUUACUUGAGCAUUGGAGGUAAUGCUGAUCCUGAUUCAGAAACUCACAAAUAUUUAACUUUGACAGAAACACAGGAAGCCAGAAGUAAAUUUAUUCAAUCAGUUGUUCGUCUUCUUACCGAGUACGAAUUUGAUGGAGUUGACCUUGCCUGGGAAUUCCCACAAGUUAAAGUGAAGAAGAACCGUAGCACAUGGGGAAAAAUUUGGCAUACUAUUAAGAAACCAUUUGUCUCCAAGUUCAAAGAUGAAAAAGAAGAAGAACAUCGCAAUGGUUUUACUAAUCUAGUACGAGACCUCAAGGCUCAAUUGAGAACUAGAAACAAGGCUCUUACUCUAACAGUCUUGCCACAUGUCAAUGCCAGUGUUUAUUAUGAUGCUAGACUAAUAGCACCCAACCUUGAUGCUGUUCAUUUGAUGACCUUCGAUCAAGUAACACCUGAACGAAAUCCUAAAGAAGCUGAUUUUCCAGCACCUAUUUAUGAGAGUUAUAAUCGAGUUCCUCAAGACAACGUAGAUGCAAGCGUGAGAUACUGGUUGGAACAUGGAACUCCCGGUGGAAAGAUCGUCGUCGGUAUUCCAGCAUUCGCCCGCACGUGGAAAUUGACAUCAGAUAGUGCAAUCUCUGGAGUGCCGCCAAUUGUAACUGAUGGACCAGGUGCUGAGGGACCUCAUACAACUACUCCAGGUCUUCUAUCUUAUGGAGAAGUAUGCGCACGUCUUACUGAGAGUUCUGUGGGACGUCUCAGACGUGUGGGUGAUCCUUCUAAAAAAUACGGCAGCUAUGCUUAUCAACCUUACAACUCUGAUACUGGAGCUGAUGGUAUCUGGGUGGGAUACGAAGAUCCAGACACCGCUGGCAACAAAGCAAGUUAUGCCAAGGCCAAAGGUCUCGGUGGAGUGGCUAUUUAUGACUUGUCUACUGAUGAUUUCCGUGGAACCUGCACCGGAGAUAAAUUCCCUAUCGUCCGUGCUGCUAAAUUGAAGCUUUAAUUUUUUAAAACAUAAUUUAUUAAUCUUUAUUACGAUCAAAUAAUAAAUAUUUACAACAUUUUUAAGAUA